AUGUGGUUCUAUGACAUUCAACUUUGGGGUUCUGCCAAACCGUCAAAUAUCAGAACAAUUCAGGCAUUCCAGUCUACAUGUCUUCGAUUAUUAUCAGGUGCAACCGGGUUUAUAAGUAAUGAAUCACUUCAUAAAGACUUCUGCAUUCCAACCUUAAAUAUUCUUGAUAUGAUCACCUACAAAAAAACCCACAAAACCUACAGCACUCACUCAAAUCCUAUAAUCACUCAACUAUCAUGCAAACAAAUCCCAGGUAAUCCACCCAGGAGCCUGAAAAGGAACUACUGUAGAGACCUACUCUCUCUUUAA